UUUUAAGAAAAAAAAGAAAAGAAAAGAAAAGAAAGAAAGAAAGAAAGAAUCGAUGGUUGAGUUAAUGAAGAAGGCGGUAUUAGAAGAAGUUGAAAAAUCCUCCUUAGAAUUUAACAAGCGAUCCAAGCACAAGCACAAGCACAAGCACAAGCACGAGCAUCAAUCUCUGCGACAAAAGGAAAUGUACAAUCCCUUUGAUGAUGAGCUAAGCCCACUUGGUUUGCAUCUCCGAAAGAGCCCCUCCCUUUUGGAUUUAAUCCAAAUCAGGCUGCUUUCUCAUCAAAACACCCACAACAACAACAACAACAACAAUAAUAAUGAUAAGCUCAAGGCUUCGAACUUUUUGGCUUCACUUCUUAGAAUCGGGACAUGGGAGUAUAAGUCGAAGUACGAAGGAGAGUUGGUGGCAAAAUGUUACUUUGCAAAGCAUAAGCUGGUGUGGGAAGUCCUUGAUGGCAGUCUUAAGAAUAAGAUUGAAAUACAGUGGUCGGAUAUUGUGGCUAUCAAAGCAAUCUAUCCAGAUGAUGGACCGGGAACUUUGGAUGUUGUGCUGUCUAGAAGGCCCCUUUUCUUUAGGGAGACAAAUCCACAACCUAGGAAGCACACCUUAUGGCAGGCAUCCUCGGAUUUUACAGGUGGUCAAGCAAGCGUUUAUAGGCGACAUUUUCUACAGUGCCCACAAGGGAUGUUAGACAAGCACUUCGAAAAGCUUAUUCAGUGUGACCCUCGUCUCAGCUUUUUAAGUCAACUACCAGAAAUUGUGUUAGAAUGUCCAUAUUUUGAAUCCAAUGUUGCUGGGUUUGAGGAGCCAAAUGAAUAUGGCUCUGAUAUGAAAAGUGAAGAGACUUCGUUGGGGGCUGUGGCAUCACCAUCUGGAGCUCAAUCAUCAUUCUCAACAAAUGAGCAGGACUUCAUUGCUAGAGCCCCAGAAAAUUAUAUUGAGGAAACUCCUUCACCUAGUUCAGUGAUGGAUGCUAAUAAAAUUGAAGAAAUGAGGAGUAUUGCAGACAAAGAUUCAAAGUUUCUCAGCAAUUUAGAACAAAUUAAAGUGCCUGUGCUUCAUCCAUCGAUGUCUAUGAGUGAUCUAGUGAGCCACUUUGGACAUUGCAUUUCAGAACAAAUGGCAAAUGAUAGACCCAUCUUUUCUGGCAACAAACGUGGAAGGGACAUUCUGGAGGAGGUUACCCAGAUCUUGUUAAGCGACAGUCAAUCAACAUCAGCUUCUGACGAGCAGUCCCUCAUGUGUAGGGUCAAUUCUCUUUGCUGCCUUCUGCCGAAGGAUCCUUCAACUUCACAAAAUUUGCAGGCCAAAUGUGAUGAAAAUAUUGAUAUAAACAGUGAUCAGAACAUGGGUGAAGCUUUUGCUGCAUCAACAAAUGAAAGUAAUCCUGCAGAGGGUGAUGGUGAGUCCAAUGAUGGUUCUGGCUGUAAGCAAGCACCAGCAAUGUCGAGGAAGGACUCAUUUGCAGAGCUGCUUCUAAAUCUUCCAAGGAUAGCCUCUCUCCCUCGGUUUUGGUUUAGCUUGCCAGAAGAUUCUCAUAAUCAUUCUAGAUAGUGGUCCUCAACUAAUCUUGUUUUAAGUGUGAAGCGUUAUUUCCUCUGUAAUCUAGGUUGUGUUUGCUGAAACUUGUAAAGCUUAGGUAAAAAAUUAACUUUAGACAGAAUCCUGACUUGAUCAUAUGGUGAGGGUGAUGUCUGUACAUUUUCUGUAUUACCUCGUGAAUAUAUGUUGGCGAAUUCUGUUGUAUCUGUAUUUUUAUAGUGCAUCUGAUAUAGCCAUGUAAUAUUUGGGUAGCCAAA